AUGUUACAAACAGUUUUAGCUAAACCAACAACUAAGGCACCCAUCAUGAAUGUUGACAAGACACAACCACUCUACGAAUUACAAUUGGCCGUUUGGCCAACAGAUGUUGAUGAUAUUAUUGAAGCGGUUAUGCCACCAAACAAUGAAAUUCCCCUGCACACGUUAAUAGAACAGCCAGUGGUUGUUAUGCCUGACAUGGACGACUAUACACAAAAUGAUGAUGAUAAUGAUGAUAAUGGAAUAAUCACUGAUAAUUUUGCCGAUGAUGAUGAAGACCUUGAUGUUGUUUAUGAUCCCACUAGUGAUUUGUGGCCAAUAAUUACGGGUGAACCAGAGGCCAGCAAACCAACAGACGAAGUAAUUGUAUUGGAAAAUUAUCAUCAUAAAUAUGGCAAUGGUAGUGAGGAAUAUAAGUUAGUGUUAAGUAAUGGCAUGGUCAAUUAUCAACGCAUAGAUCAUGUCUUGGUGAAAGGUGUUUGGAGGCCAGUACAACAGGGUUAUUAUACUGUACCCUCGAUGGCGGGUACAAGAGAAUCAUAUCAGACAACUUAUUAUCGUGCCGAUACAAAUGGUUAUAAUGUUUAUAAAACUGAAAGAACUCCCCGUAAUCCUGCUUAUGAUGUUUAUUUGCAAUAUGCCAAGGAACAAGAUGCCAAACUGCAAGGAAAUUGAUUAUUUCUUCUUUUUAAAUAGAAACAAAUUAUAGAAAAAAUAUAAAGAAAUAAAUAAAGUCUAUUUAAUUUAUAAUAUAUUUAGAACAAGAAA